AUGCUUCCCGCACGGCCUUUCCGACCGGCCUUCCGUGCGGUAUCGGGCCUCCGAAGCCCGGCACUGAGAUCUCAAUGCUUCCCAGGGCGAUGGUACUCCGACAAGAAACCUGCUGCGGCGGCCGCCGAAGAUGACCUCCCCGACCACCGAAAGCUCGGCGUCCAGCAAGAGCUCUUCACCUCCUCCCUCUACAGCCCCGGCUCGCCCAUUUUCCUUCCGAACGGCACACGAAUCUUCAACCGACUGGUGGAUUUCUUACGACGGCAGUACGUCCACUACGGGUUCGACGAGGUCAUCACGCCAAACAUUUACAAAAAGUCUCUGUGGGAGGUGUCGGGCCAUCUACAAAACUAUGCCGACGACAUGUAUACCGUCACAAGCCGCGCACGCGCGCCCGAGGAGAAGGCGAGCUGCUGUGGCAGCCACGACAGCGAGAGCGCUGCCCGCACCGGCGAGGAAUCCAGGCUGACCGAGGGCGAGGACGACGAUUACGGCCUCAAGCCCAUGAACUGCCCGGGGCACUGUCUUAUCUUCGCCUCCAAGAACCGGAGCUACCGCGACCUGCCUAUCCGCUACGCCGACUUCAGCCCGCUUCACCGUAACGAGAUCUCGGGCGCCCUCAGCGGCCUGACGCGCGUGCGCCGCUUCCACCAGGACGACGGCCACGUCUUUUGCCGGCCGAUACAGAUUCAGGACGAGGUUUUCAAGACGCUCGACUUCAUGAAGACGGUCUACGGCGCGCUCGGGUUGGAGCAGUUUGAUUUCGCGCUCUCGACCCGGCCGGCGGACCACUACAUUGGAACCGACGCCGAGUGGGCGCGGGCCGAGUCACAGCUGCGCGACGCGCUGGAGCAGGCCGGCCUGAAAUACACCGUCAAGGAGGGCGACGGCGCCUUCUACGGCCCCAAGAUCGAUGUAAUGCUGCACGAUUCUCACGGCAAGUCGCACCAGGCCGGUACGAUCCAGCUCGACUUCCAGCUCCCCCAGAGGUUCAACCUUGAGUACCAAGCGCCGGCGCCGCAAUUGGAGGCGCAGGGCCUGCCGCUGGACACGGCUGACGCAGCGGACCUCGAAACGUACGGACCCGUGCCUCCCGUGAUGAUCCACCGGGCCAUCUUGGGGUCCGUCGAGCGUCUGAUGGCGCUGCUGAUUGAGGAAUACAAGGGCAAGUGGCCGUUCUGGCUCAACCCGCGUCAGUGCGUUAUCCUGACCAUCAAUGAUACGGAGCCGGUGAUGAGCUGGGCAUCGGAGGUCAAGGAUAUCCUGACGGGCCACGACCGCGUGCGUGACCCGAGGAACCCGCGACAGCCGCGUCCUACGGGCUUCGCGGUCGAGAUCGACUCCAGCGCACGGUCGCUGGCGAAAAAGCUCAAGGAAGCUCGGGAGAAACAGCCCGGCUUCAUCUUGGUAGUGGGCAAGGGCGAUGUUGCGGCGAAGCAAGUGACCGUCGACAUGACUGACGGCCCAGACAGCUCGGGAGGUAGCGGCGCCGCGAAGGGGGCCCGGCAGCAGAUGGAUCCUCUUGCUUUGCUAGAGAAGAUGCAGGAAAAAGUGGCGACGUACCAGUAG